AUGUACAUUUUGGAUUUACUACGAGCAAGUUUGGUUAUUCUUGAGUUGGAUUUGAAUGUGAUCAAUGAUUUGAAAGGAUUCAUAACUGAACCAUGCAUGAAAUCAGUUUCCGGAAUUGAAAUUCUUUCUGAAACUGUUACUGCUGACAAACUGUCCGUCUUCUUCGAUAACAUAGAGAAUCCGGUUAAAAACGUUCAUAUUCUUUCGAAAGUUGAAGGACAAGUGUCUACAAAAGUACCUCAAGAAGUGAUAAACAGAGAUCGUUUUAUUUCCGAGUUCGAUGCGAAACCAUGGGAUCCGAAGAGAAGAGAAAAAUGUUUCAUUUAUGAGAAAGAAAUCACUGACGUUCAAGACAUUACUAGCGACUUAUCGGAAGGAUUCGAUUUGGAGAGAGAUGAUGGAUUACUGGCAACUAUCUUAGUCGGUCCACCUGAUUUAUUUCAGUUUUUUGUGUGGCACGUCGAAAUUUGUAGUUGA